UUGAGUAUAAACUAUCAACUCCUACAUUAGAAAUGUCAAAACAGACCAAAUGCAGAAGAGGCAGGCGGAGUGGCUUAUGUAUCCAAACCGGCUAGUAAUUAUCGCCGCUGUGUCCCUGUCCAAUGCCCAACCCCCCAGUCCUUCACCCAACACCAUCUGUCAUCGCCAAAGCAGAAGCCAGAAAAAGCGGGAUAAUGUUCUUCAUCAUUUGCCAGAUUUAGUACGAGUUCGAGAGUUUCUGGUUCUGGAUCAUCGUUUAAGGAAACCCGCGUGCCUUCUUUAACGUUUCUUGCUCAGUGAUCUUAUGGCUCUCUGCUCUGUCAGCUGAUUUGCUCAUAAGUGAAAGCAAAGUAAGGCAACCCCCUGUCAAAUUGGUCAGAUUGUUGGCUCGAUAAUCACAAAGUUCCAAGUUUGACUCCUGGGCGGAGUGGUUUAUUGGCCUUCUUGGAUAGUGGAGUUAACUCCCAAUCCAUGUUUAUUUGUUUUUUACUUUAGCGAAGCCCUGCAAGAUGAGCUCAUUGCCUGCUUGUGGGAAAAAAGCGUUAGAAUGGUCCAUAAAGCGGAUUUAGUUAUUAUUGGCGUCUCAGUUGGUGUGGCGGUUGGAAUUCUUCUAGCAUCGCUUGCGUUCUUUUGUGUCUAUUGGUAUAAAAAACGAGCCCAUCUUCGUCGUUGCGCAAAUGAGCGGUCUCUAGCCACUCUUCCAAUUCGUGCAAAUGGCUUUGGUGUGAGCAUUGACUUAAGUGCGUCUAUAAGCGCUAAGGGACCAGAAAAUGUUGCCAAAAGUUCUCAGCAAAGCUGGUGGAGUCACCCUAGCAAAGAUCGCUUCGCUUCAGCAUCUGGCAUACUUAGAUAUGCUUACAAGGACAUUCAGAAAGCCACACAGAACUUUACAACCGUUCUAGGGCAGGGGUCUUUUGGUCCCGUGUACAAAGCCGCAAUGCCUACUGGUGGAGUGGUAGCUGUUAAGGUUCUUGCUACCGACUCAAAACAAGGGGAAAGAGAGUUCCAGACAGAGGUUACGCUACUGGGAAGGCUCCAUCACCGUAAUUUGGUGAAUUUAGUUGGCUAUUGUGUGGAUAAAGGUGAACGGAUGUUGAUCUAUGAAUUCAUGAGCAAUGGAAGUUUAGCGAACCUUUUAUAUAGCACAGAACGAACUUUGAGUUGGGAAGGAAGACUGCAAAUUGCUCUUGAUAUUUCACAUGGCAUCGAGUAUCUUCAUGAUGGGGCAGUGCCACCAGUGAUACAUCGAGAUUUGAAGUCUGCUAAUGUAUUGCUCGAUCAUGCUAUGAGAGCUAAGGUUGCUGAUUUUGGGCUUUCAAGGGAAGAAGUCAAGGAUGGCAGCAAUUCAGGUCUUAAAGGCACAUUUGGCUACAUAGAUCCUGCAUAUAUAUCCACAAACAAAUUUACCACGAAGAGCGACAUUUAUAGCUUUGGCGUUAUCCUCUUCGAGCUCAUCACAGCUAUCCAUCCACACCAGAACUUGAUGGAAUACGUGAAUCUCGCUGCUAUGAGUCCAGACGGCGUCGAUGAGAUUCUUGACAAGCAACUCGUCGGGACAUGCAAUGUGGAAGAAGUAAGGAACCUCGCUGCAAUUGCCCACAAGUGCUUGCACAAAACUCCGAGAAAACGACCCCCCAUAGGAGACGUUUCCCACGCUAUACUAAAGAUCAAACAGAGACACACCGUGAAGAAAGAUACCUCGUCUUUCGCCCAAGAUGAUUUUUCAAGAAUGUCGAGUAUUAUUGAGAUUCAGGAAUGAGGAAGCUGAACUAUGAAAACAUGGCCAGCGUAAACGUUAGUCCAGAUCGAUGACUGUUAGCAUUAUUCAACCAUAUCCUUCCCUUUUUGCAAGCUUGAGUGCAGAGAUAUGGUUGUGUUCAUCUUCUUCAGGCUCAUUGGAGUUUGCAUUUCUUGAGAGGUUUACACAAUAGAUAGAGUAUUGAGUUUUCAGUGAAGUAGUGACUUCAGUGUCAUAAAGCAGUAGGAAAUCCAAGAAAUAGAUAUAUAAUUUAAAGUUGAGAAUGUCAAUUAUCUUAUUUUUUACCAAUAUAUUAACUGUUCGCUUACCGAUUGUUUUAUUAAACUUUAGCAUGGAUCUAACUUCGAUAUCAAGUCUAAUAUGAUAGUUGUGUCACACAUUUAUAUUUUAUAGCAAAAUGCUAUGGUGUUGAUUGGUAUCAUACUUCCUAGUCAAAAAAUGUAGAGAUAGCUCAUAAAUGGUAAUUGAGUGGGUGAAACAUUAUUCUUGUACCAGAAAAUUAUAAGUUUAAUUUUUACUAGUACUUCUGUCGCA